GUAGUGGUUAGCGCUGUCGCCUCACAGCAAGAAGGUCCUGGGUUCGAGCCCCGUGGCCGGCGAGGGCCUUUCUGUGUGGAGUUUGCAUGUUCUCCCCGUGUCCGCGUGGGUUUCCUCCGGGUGCUCCGGUUUCCCCCACAGUCCAAAGACAUGCAGGUUAGGUUAUCUGGUGACUCUAAAUUGACCGUAGGUGUGAAUGUGAGUGUGAAUGGUUGUCUGUGUCUAUGUGUCAGCCCUGUGAUGACCUGGCGACUUGUCCAGGGUGGACCCCGCCUUUCGCCCGUAGUCAGCUGGGAUAGACUCCAGCUUGCCUGCGACCCUGUAGAACAGGAUAAAGCGGCUAGAGAUAAUGAGAUGAGAUGAGUACGAGUCUAGGGGCGGCACGGUGGUGUAGUAGUUAGCACUGUCGCCUCACAGCAAAGGUCCUGGGUUCGAGCCUAGCGGCGGACGAGGGUCUUUCUGUGUGGAGUUUGCAUGUUCUCCCCAUGUCUGCGUGGGUUUCCUCCGGGUGCUCCGGUUUCCCCCACGGUCCAAAGGCGUGCAGGUUAGGCUAACUGGUGGCUCUAAAUUGACCGUAGAUGUGAAUGAAUGAAUGUCUCUGUGUCAGCUCUGCGAUAACCUGGCGACUUGUUCAGGGUGUACCCCGCCUCUCACCCAUAGUCAGCUGGGAUAGGCUCCAGCUUGCCUGUGACCCUGCACAGGAUAAGCAACUACAGAUAAUGGAUAUAUAUAUGGAGAGAGAGAGGUGGCACGGUGGUGUAGUAGUUAGCGCUGUCGCCUCACAGCAAAGGUCCUGGGUUCGAGCCUAGCGGCCGACGAGGGCCUUUCUGUGCGGAGUUUGCAUGUUCUCCCCGUGUCUGCGUGGGUUUCCCCCAUGGUCCAAAGGCGUGCAGGUUAGGCUAACCGGUGGCUCUAAAUUGACUGAAUGGUUGUUUUGUCUCUGUGUCAGCUCUGCGAUAACCUGGCGACUUGUCCAGAGUCAGCUGGGAUAGGCUCCAGCUUGCCUUGUAGAACAGAAUAAGCAGCUACAGAUAAUGGAUGGAUGGAUGGAUGGAUGGAUUAGUACUAGUCUAGCUUUGUAUUAGGUCUAACUGAUGGUUUCUUGGGGGGUGGAGAAGAAAACCUGACCUUUAUGCCUAAUUGCAAAAUAAGUUACUUGGAAAUAAAUACAGUGAGGUCUGGAUUUUGGUUGCCAUAGCUGUGCGCGCAUGUCUGUCUGUCUGUCUGUCAGUAGAAAGCCCCGCCCCCUUCCUCCAGAACCGUUUACAGAGUCCCCGCCUCGUUUUUUCCUGGCCACGCCUCUUUGUGAAUGUGAUUCGUCAGAAAACAAUAAUCAACUGGCUGGGCGGAGGAGGGACUUCAUGCCAAGGCGUCUGUUUGUAGUCGGGACCUGGAGGAUGAGUGAAUGUUCCUGCACUCUCUCUCUGUCUGUUGUGUUGAGCCUUGAGCGGGCGUGGUGUUGGUGUUGACCAUAAAGACGCACCGUGCGAGACUACUUCCUGUACCAGAGAAGCUACAAGAGGCUCCUCCUCCUCCGUCCGCAAGUGAUCCCGAGCGGAGAGUUACACUGGGUUUCAUGUCGGGGACGGCGCGCGCCUUCGAGCUCGAGCUGUCUGGACAAACUGCGCGCGCGCUCUCGCGUCACUAAAUGGGCCGGCGGAGCGCGCGCGCGUCUGCGUUCUCCCUAAAUGGACCUGCAUCAUCUGAUCUUACGAGCGCGCGCCUGUGUGUGUGUGUGUGUGUGUGUGAGUGAGUGUGUGCUGUUGUGAUCAGGCUUAUUUGGGAGAGAGGGAGGAGAAACAUGAGCGGCGGAGAAAUCAUUUGCCAGGGCUGGCUGAGAAAAUCCCCACCAGAGAAAAAACUUAGAAGAUACGCCUGGAAGAAGCGCUGGUUUAUCCUACGCAGUGGGCGCAUGAGUGGAGAUGCAGAUGUUCUGGAGUACUACAAGAAUGACCACGCCAAAAAGCCCAUUCGCAUCAUCAACCUACACUGCUGUGAGCAGGUCGAUGCAGGACUCACUUUCAAGCGUAAAGAGUUCCAGGACAGUUUUGUGUUUGAUAUCAAAACAGCUGAACGAACCUUCUACCUGGUGGCAGAGACCGAAGACGAGAUGAACCGCUGGGUUCGUUCCAUCUGCCAACUUUGUGGAUUCAACCAGUCUGAAGACACCCAUGAUGAAAGGCCGUCUACUACCCAAAUGCUUCGCUCAAUGGCUGGUGACCUCAGCAGUUCUCUGGCUCCUCUGCUUGGUGAACGCAAGACGUCUGUGCCCUCACACUCUAGCCAACCAGUGUUGUUCACGUUUGACAUGCCGAUACGCCACUCCCAUGCCCCCCUGUCCAACAGUGCCCCACAGGACUACCUCCUUCUUCACCAGUGCAUGAGCCGGAAGAGUGAGGGCAUUCGGAGUGCCAGUUUCUCGCAGGCACAGCGUGGCAGUCUGUUGUUGGGCAGUGACUCAGCAGUGCAGCGUCUUGCUCAUGGCGUCUCGCAGUGUCUGAACGGGACACGCUCUCAACUACAUGGCUCCUACAGCCUCCCCAAAUCCAACAAACACCAACAGAUUGGGGUGCGUGCAGAUUCACCUCGCGAUGCCUAUGUGCUACCCCGAGCCCACAGUGCCGAGGAUCCUUCUGACCCGGAAUCUGAAGAAAUCUACACCUAUAAGACACCCUCUAAUGCCCUCGCCACUGCGCACUUCAACGACCAGCGCCCUCCAGACAACUACGACCUGCCUGGCACACCUGGCUCUAUCUACCAGAUACCUCGCACAUUCGAUAGGAACCACAACACUCUGACGCCCAACAGUGCAGAUUCGACAGGUGGACCCCCACCACCCAGACCACCAAAACCCAGCCUGAACUCUGAGACACGCUGGGGAAGCCCUCAAUCCCUUGGAGGACAGAAUGGAGACGUAGCCAAUGUAUCGGCAAUCCCACGGAGGAACACGCUUCCAGCAGUGGAGAACAUCAAGCUUCACAGAGGAUCCUCAUUUGAGACCAGCCAUCAGCGUCCACACUAUUUCAAUAACUCUGAUCAGUCAGUAGAAUCUGUCAAUGAUGGCUUCAGCUCCUACCUGAGAGAAAAAACUCCACUUGCCCGCUCAGACAGCGGAAAUUCUGACGACAACUACGUACCCAUGAACCCUGGCUCCUCCACGUCACCUCUCAACACUGUCCUGACCGACAGUCCCAAGAACAACUACAUUCCCAUGAGUCCUGGUCCACACCACUUUGAUUUCCCCGGAUUCUCUGCCACUCUGCCAGCCAGGAAAGGCAGUACAGCCUCAAUGUGCUACCGACCGGGCCGGAUGAGUGACAUCACGCCUCCACCAAUCAACCGCAACCUGAAGCCCAACAGGAAAGUAAAGCCAUCACCUCUGGACCUGAGGAACAAUGGCAUCAUUGAUGAGCUUCCUUUUAAGAGCCCUGUUACCUUGUCCUGGAGCAGACCCGUGCCUGUUAUAAACUCCAUGUCCUCACAACACUGUCGACCCAUCUCCACUCAGAGCAUCACCAGCACUGAUUCUGCAGACAGUGAGGAAAAUUAUGUGGCAAUGCAAAACCAAGCAUCUACCUCGCCAGCGGUGAGCGGUACCAGCAGCCCUGCUUCUAGGAAAGGUGGGAACGUUGACUACUUGGCUCUGGAUUUCCAGUCUGGCUCCCCUGGUCAACAUAGAAAGCCUUCAACGUCUUCCGCGACAUCAGAUGAGAAGGUUGACUAUGUCCAGGUGGACAAGGAGAAGACACAGGCCCUUCAGAACACCAUGCAGGAGUGGACGGACGUCCGGCAGUCCAGUGAGCCGGCCAAAGGCAUUAAAUCCUGACAGAAUGCUAACAUGCUAAUUCUGGCAGCAAGAUGAAACACACAAUGCACGUGGGCCUCCUUAUCGCUUUGUUUUCCAUCAGACUGGUGUGCCAUGACAUAAGGGAUUUUUCUUCCUUCAACAAAACUCACAAGAUUCAGCGAUGUUCUAACAUGGAACCCAAAGCCAUAACAAAUCCUUGGUUGUAUGAGGAAAAAAAUAGCCAUUAAUCAUCAAGGAACUGCCUUGCUUGUUAACUAUGGACAGAGAUUAAUGCCAUAAUUUUUAUAAAUUGGUGUAUCAUGAUCCAUCAGUAUGGGAUGCAUCAAAAUGUGCUUCAGUAUGCACAUAAAAAUGCCUUGUGUCUUAUAAAUUGUUUGAUGUAAAAAGAUAGGUUUUCUAUCUAUACAAAUGCCUCAUACAUUCUAAGAUGCAGUUUGACAUGCUUUCAAACACUUUCCUUUUGCUGUUCUCAUAGUCCGUGUCAUGCCAGUGAGACAAUGACAUUGUAAAAUGGCAUUAACCUCAACCGGCUAGAGCUCUUGCAGGCUUGCUGACUACAUUUUGUUGGCCGGAUCGUCUACACACACAGCGUGAUAAUAAAUAUUCAGACAUGCAGCUGAUUGAUACUAAGGCCUUCUCAAGUAGAGCCAAUAAGAUAAUGGCAUUAUAAUACAAGCAACUAGAAUUGUUGUAAAGUUACGAAUAUUAACUUGCUAAGAUGAAGUAUGGUGAAGAUAUGGCAAAUGGAGAUUAGGUUAAAAUAAACAGGAGCAUCCGACUUAACGUGAAGAAAGCAUUCUGUUCAUUUUUGUCAGGCUAGAAAAUAUUUAUUCUUAAUCUUUAUGACUAAAAACAACAUCAUUUAAGCCACAAGCACUCGUUCUCAGGAACUGAACGUAAAUGCUGCUUCCUGUGGAAAGGGAGGGGGAAUCAACCAACCCGCAGGUUAGAGGCGUGAUGCAGUGCCACAAUCUGUAUCUGGUUAGUGCUCCAAAUAUCUCUAUCGAAGUAUUCUGAUUUAAACAAGAAGUGGGUAUUGUCGAAACUAGAAAGGGUUUUUCCUUCCAUCCUUCCAUCCAUCCACUCAAUCAUUAUGCCACUGGAAACACUGCAGAGCUUUGGGGGGGACCCAGAGGUAAAAUUUGCCAGACUGUCAGCAUGGCCUUUGAAUUCUGGCCCUGACAGUUCCUCAACCUCUGUUACAUCAGUCGAGUUCAUAAUUGACAUCAACUAGAGAGGUGUGAAGGAUUUUUUUUUUUAAAUCCUGAAACUUCAUUUCAAAAAAAUAUAAACUAAUAUGAACAAACCACUGCAAUUCUACUUUGGCAGCUGCUAAGGAUGAAUAAAUCCUGCACGUUCAUUUCAUUGUCUUUGUUUUUUCCCCGUCAGCAUCAUAUUUGACCAGCCCACAUGAAAGUAAAUACAUUAAAUAAAUAAACAAUCUGUGCAGUGCUCCUCCUAUUCGUAUCUGUUUACAAUGCGUUAUCUCAAUGCGAGUACUCUGUUACAUCCCCAUCACUGAUUGAUUGAUUGAUUGAUUAUAUAUCAAGCGAACUUUUCAUAGCAUUACAUAAAACCAGCUCUGGUUAAAUACUACGAAGUCUGACGUAAUUACUGUCCUGUGCUAACAAACAUAGAUAAGCUGACCUUAGCACCUUUUAAGGAUAAUCUCCAAAAUGCAUCAAAACCAAUUUUACAUUGAAGAACAAUGACAAUAUUUAAUACGUGAAAAAUUAAGUAUAUGAACAGAAGGCAACCCAUGUAUUGACUAAUUCAACAACAAACGAUCACAUAUAUUUUUGUGUAAAUAACAAUUUACAAGACACAAGGUGCAGAUAGAUUUAUCUGUAAAUAGUGAAACACAUUUGAGAUGUCUCCCCGAUUACUGCUGAUGCACGUGUUUAUCAAUACCACGAAUCUUUCUGCUUUUAAGCUGAUGAUUCCUUUUUGAAAGAAAAUAAGAGAUGCGAACCUCAAACAGUGCAGUUGCAGCAUGAGUUGCAUGCAGUUGCCAUUUUAUUUGGGAGUGCAAUAUGAGCCACAGAUAUCAUUGAUUGGUGGAAAGUUCUCUCCAAGUACAGUGCCAUCGAUACUAAGAAACGGGCACUGCAUGAAAUUUAAAUAACUAUGUUCUUUUCAGAGUUGAAUGGGCUUACAAUAACAAUUUCCCGUCAAACUGAAUUGAAGUCUGAUGUCUGUUGGUUGUUUGUGGGAAAAACAGAAGGAUGAAGAACAUUUUUACCAAUGACUGAGCAAACAUGACUCAGCAAAAAAGAAAAAAAAAGGCAAAACAUACCGGUGUGUGGUGUAAAGAACAAGCUUUUCAAUUUGUGAAACUAUAUUCAAGCUAUGUAGCUGAGUUGUGUAUUGAGAGAUCUAGCCAUGCAGAUUUAGCUUAGCGGUGCAUGUUCGGUCAGGACGAUGAUGAAAACGGACUGCGCGUUCUCUCUGUAGAGACUUAGCAAUAAAUAGAAUUAGAUUGUCCUUGCCAAAUGUUUUGCUAGCGGACGGAAUUAUUUCUUUCAAGAUUUUGGUUUUCAGUUAUGCCUCGGAUAAGGUACACUACCGUUCAAAAGUUUGGGGUCACCCAGACAAUUUUGUGUUUUCCAUGAAAAGUCACACGUUUAUUUCCCACCAUAAGUUGUAAAAUGAAUAGAAAAUAUAGUCAAGACAUUUUUCUGGCCAUUUUGAGCAUUUAAUCGACCCCACAAAUGUGAUGCUCCAGAAACUCAAUCUGCUCAAAGGAAGGUCAGUUUUAUAGCUUCUCUAAAGAGCUCAACUGUUUUCAGCUGUGCUAACAUGAUUGUACAAGGGUUUUCUAAUCAUCCAUUAGCCUUCUGAGGCAAUGAGCAAACACAUUGUACCAUUAGAACACUGGAGUGAUACAGUGGUGCUUGAAAGUUUGUGAACCCUUUUAGAAUUUUCUAUAUUUCUGUAGAAAUAUGACCUAAAACAUCAGAUUUUCAC